GGAAACGUCAUUUCAGUUUAGUUGUUUUUGUCGUCCUCUGAUUCUGAACGGUGACGGACCACGUAGUUAGGUUAAGACUAGAACAAAUUAGCCUUUUUUAUAAAUUAAUUUUCACAUACAAUAUGAAAGACUACGCGAAGGAAAUCGAGGAGUUGACUAAAAGUCAUGUUUAUAUGAAAAAUCCGGGUCGUGUCAACGAAAUCAUCAACAACAUAGUAAAUGGAGGAACGACAAAACUACAGAUGCUCUUUGAUUUCGACAAAACGAUUACAAAACAACACGAAAAUGGAAAAGUACAUCUAAGUAGCUUUGGUAUGUUCGAAAACUGUCCAUCGCUCACUGAUGAUUUCAAAAACACCUGUGAUGCUAUGACAAAGAAGUAUCGCAAGAUUGAGAUAGAUCCUACAAUUGAGAUGUCCGAGAAGAGGAAAAAUAUGGAGGAAUGGUGGCGAUUAAGCGAAGAAGCACUAAAAGGCUUGUCUGUUAGCCCUAAGGAGAUUGAAGAAGUUUGUGUCCAGCUGGCCCCUUCUUUGAGGGAUGGGACAUAUGAACUUUUUUCAGACUUGCACAUGUCCGAUGUUCCUACAUUAGUGUUUUCAGCAGGCUUAGGUGAUUGUGUAAUCGCAGUUUUGAAGCAUUUCAACAUUAAGCUUCCGAAUUUAGAAGUGAUAUCCAAUUUCUUGAAAUAUGAUGAAGACGGAACCAUACUGGGAUUUAAGGACAAGCUGAUUCACAUAUACAACAAAAACGAAUACGCGAUAAAAGGGACCCCUUUCUUCAACAAAAUAGCCAAUAGGGAGAAUGUCAUCCUAUUAGGGGACUCCUUGGGAGAUGCAAGUAUGGCAGAAGGCAUGGAACAUCUGAAGAAUAUACUCAAAAUUGGAUUUUUAUACGAACGGAGUGAUGAAGCUCUGCCAGCCUACAUAGAUACGUUUGACAUUGUCCUAUUGGACGACCAAACUAUGGACAUUCCUAGAGCAAUUUUUGAUAGGAUUAAAUCGAAUCCCCACUCUGUAUCAGAAUUGGGUAGUAGCUAAAUUCCAUAUAUUAUUUAUUGUUUAAAGGAUAGCUGAAGUCUGGGUUUUUAGAGGAUAUGUUUGGUGCUGUAUUUUAAUUUAGUAGCUAGGAACAAAGUGGAAUCACUGUAUUUUUUCAUUUUCUCAUAUUUUAGUUUACGUGCUAGUUACAUUUUAUAUUUUACGUAUAUGACAUUCAUUUAUAGUCUUGGAUGUCAUGUACUAAAUAAAAUGUGAAUCAAUGCAAACUCAUGUAUGUAGGUACAGCUUUAAACAACUUAAAUGAGGUGACAAAUGGUUGAGACGGUGCUGCAAAAUUCUUCUGAUCCACUCUUUUAUUUUCAUCAAUAUUGUCCACGUAUCAAUUUUCUUAUGAAAACAAAAAAUGGAAUAGGUGUAUUAAUGGAAAAAUCAGAAGCGACGAAUCAUGAAAUCGAAACUAUUAGUGGUUAAUUUGCACCAAUAAUUAUAGGCAAAACUGAUUAUGAAAAUUGCCCCCAAAGGUAUCGAAAUCUGAAUUAAUCCAAGUUAAGGUAUAUCACAAUUUCCCGGAAAAAACAAAAAAUCGGAAAAACAUAUUCACCGAUUUUUCCAAUUUUCAAUUCCAGAGUAGGAUAUUAGAUCUUCUCUCACCCAAAAACUUAAUCCUAUCCUAUUUUUGCGACUUUCCAAAAACUCAAAUUUCCCGGAAAAAAAAAAUCGGAAAAACAACAUUUUCACCGAUUUUUAUAAUUUUCAAUUCCAGAGUAGGAUAUUAGAUCUUCUCUUACCCAAAAACUCAAUCCUAUCCUAUUUUUGCGAUUUUCCAAACUCACAAUUUCCCGGAAAAAACAAAAAAUCGCAAAUACAUUUUCACCAAUUUUUCCAAUUUCCAAUUUCAGAGUAGGAUAUUAGAUCUUCACUUACCCAAAACUCAAUCCUAUCCUAUUUUUGCGAUUUUCAAAAAUCACAAUUUCCCGGAAAAAACAAAAAAUCGGAAAAACAUAUUCACCGAUUUUUCCAAUUUUCAAUUCCAGAGUAGUAUAUUAGAUCUUCUCUCACCCAAAAACUCAAUCCUAUCCUAUUUUUGCGACUUUCCAUAAACCCAAAUUUCCCGGAAAAACAAAAAAUCGGAAAAACAUUUUCACCGAUUUUUCCAAUUUCCAAUUUCAGAGUAGGAUAUUAGAUCUUCACUUACCCAAAAACUCAAUCCUAUCCUAUUUUUGCGAUUUUGCAAAAUCCCAAUUUUCCGGAAAAAACAAAAAAUCGGAAAAAACAUUUUCUUCAGAGUAGGAUAUUAGAUCUUCAUUUACCCAAAAACUCAAUCCUAUCCGAUUUUUGCAAUUUUUCAAAAUCAUUUCCCGGAAAAAACAAAAAAUCGGAAAAACAACAUUUUCACCGAUUUUUACAAUUUUCAAUUCCAGAGUAGGAUAUUUGAACUUCUCUUACCGAAAAACUCGAUCCUAUCCUUUUUUUGCGACUUUCCAAAAACCCAAAUUUCCCGGAAAAAACAAAAAAACGGAAAAGCAUUUUCACCGAUUUUUCCAAUUUCCAAUUUCAGAGUAGGAUAUUAGAUCUUCACUUACCCAAAACUCAAUCCUAUCCUAUUUUUGCGAUUUUAAAAAAUCACAAUUUCCCGGAAAAACAAAAAAUCGGAAAAACAUAUUCACCGAUUUUUCCAAUUUUCAAUUCCAGAGUAGUAUAUUAGAUCUUCUCUCACCCAAAAACUCAAUCCUAUCCUAUUUUUGCGACUUUCCAUAAACCCCAAUUUCCCGGAAAAAACAAAAAAUCGGAAAAACAUUUUCACCGAUUUUUCCAAUUUCCAAUUUCAGAGUAGGAUAUUAGAUCUUCACUUACCCAAAAACUCAAUCCUAUCCUAUUUUUGCGAUUUUGCAAAAUCCCAAUUUUCCGGAAAAAACAAAAAAUCGGAAAAAACAUUUUCUUCAGAGUAGGAUAUUAGAUCUUCAUUUACCCAAAAACUCAAUCCUAUCCGAUUUUUGCAAUUUUUCAAAAUCAUUUCCCGGAAAAAACAAAAAAUCGGAAAAACAACAUUUUCACCGAUUUUUACAAUUUUCAAUUCCAGAGUAGGAUAUUUGAACUUCUCUUACCGAAAAACUCGAUCCUAUCCUAUUUUUGCGACUUUCCAAAAACCCAAAUUUCCCGGAAAAAACAAAAAAUCGGAAAAAUAGUUUCACCGAUUUUUCCAAUUUCCAAUUUCAGAGUAGGAUAUUAGAUCUUCACUUACCCAAAAACUCAAUCCUAACCUAUUUUAGCAAUUUUUCAAAAUCACAAUUUCCACGAAAAGAAAACACUAUUUUAACGACGGAACUGCAACAAACUUUAAAAUGCAUAUUACAAUUGGUUACUAGGCUAGACAACUAUCCGUGCGUGAACAAAAGCGUCAAGAAUUUACCAAAAUUAGCGAAACUGCAGUUUUUCCUAUUUUUCCAAUUUCCAGGAAACAAAUCAAAAUUUUGAUGGUGAAACAAAGAAUGGACGAAAAUGCAUAUACAUGUUGAGUUUUUAAACCAUCCAGCUUAUCCUUAUUAAUGAAAAUGUGGUUUUUCACACAUAUUUACAGUGAUUUUAAGUUUGCGAAAUUCUCACCACUUCGAUAAAGUAAUUAAAAAAUGUUUUUCUGGAACCUAUAAGUUUAACAAAUCUAUAAAAAAUCAAGGUUAUGUAAAAUAUAACAAUGUAACAUCGGUAAUUUUUUCAAAUGUGUUUGAGCAUAAUUGCUUCCUUAAAAGAUAAUUUCGAAAAUAGAUGUUUUUGGGGCCAUUUUCAUAGUAGUUUCACCUAUAUCUUUGGAUAGAAUCCUAGACAAACUUGUCACCCUACUGAAAUGCUCAAGUAUUUAGAAAUGAUGGAGAUUUGGUGAGAUGAGAUUACUAAUUGAAAAAAUACUACAAAAAGAAAAUGAAACAAAAUGGUAUUUUUAUACAUAUUAUCGGUUACCUGUCGCAUCGAACCAACUUUCAGCUAUCAACCUAUUAACUGCUAUAUUGCACUUCAGCACAAAGCUGUGUUUGUGAUGUUCGUUUUAACGAAUCUCUCUAUUUAUUUAUUGCUCACAAUUUUAUAUUUGUAUUUUAUAUUUUGGGCUAUCAUCACUGUAUAAUAACAAAGAAAAAAUCAGUGGUGUAUUCUUAUAAAUAAACUGCUUGUUAAUCU